AUGUCGAUCACAUUGUUGAUCCGGCUGGUGGUCGCCUUAUUUGUCGGCGUUGUGCAUGUUCAACACAUAGGCGUUCCUCAACGGACGAUCUUUCCAAUCCAAAGAGUCAUGAUGGCCGUUCCUCAGCCCAGAACGGAUCUCCCAGAGCCGAUUGCGAUCGUGGGUACCGGGCUGCGGUUUCCAGGACAGGCGAAUUCCCGAUCGGCUUUGUGGAAAUUACUCGAGAGCCCUCCAGAUCUGUGUCGUGAGAUUCCGACGGAUCGUUUUAGCUCCAAGGGGUUCUACCAUCAUGAUGGUGCCAGGCACGGAUCGACCAAUGUUCGACACUCGUACUUGUUGGAUGAAGAUAUUCGUGUAUUUGACGCGGCCUUCUUCAACAUCAGCGCGAACGAAGCCGAGUCGAUCGAUCCGCAGCAGCGGAUUCUGCUGGAAACCGUGUAUGAAGCCCUCGAGGCCGGAGGUCACACACUUGAGAGUCUCCGUGGGUCGGACACGUCAGUAUAUGUCGGAACCAUGACCGUCGAUUACCUCGAUACACUUCUCCGGGACCACAACACAAUUCCGAAAUACUUUGCCACGGGAAUCAACCGAGCCAUCAUUUCCAAUCGCGUCUCAUACUUUUUCGACUGGCAUGGACCAAGCAUGACCAUUGACACGGCAUGUUCGUCCAGCUUGAUUGCCGUGCACCAGGGCGUCCAGUCUCUCCGUAACGGCGAGUGCCGGGUCUCGGUAGCAUGCGGCACGCAGGCUCUCCUCGGAUACGAUAUGUAUAUUGGAGAGAGCAACCUGAAGAUGCUGUCCCCCAACGGCCGAUCUCGGAUGUGGGAUGCCGACGCAGAUGGUUAUGCGCGCGGAGAAGGUGUGGCGGCUAUCGUGAUGAAAACCCUCACUAACGCUCUUGCGGACGGCGAUCACAUCGAAUGUAUUAUCCGCGAAACGGGCGCGAACCAGGAUGGCUUUUCGAAUGGUCUGACCGUUCCAAGUUCCGAAGCACAGGCCGCUUUAAUCCGCCGGACCUAUUUGAAAGCCGGCUUAGAUCCGGCUACGCGUCCCGACGACCGUCCUCAAUAUUUUGAAGCUCACGGAACAGGAACUCAAGCCGGGGAUCCCAAAGAGGCAGCCGCCAUCCACGACGUUUUUGGCCGCCAUCACGAUGCCAAGGAUGGUAAGGCCGAUCCUUUAUAUGUCGGCUCGAUCAAGACGGUGAUUGGGCAUUUGGAGGGCGCCGCUGGAUUGGCAGGCCUCUUGAAAGCCUCCGUCAGCUUACAAAAAGGCCUCAUCCCGCCGAAUCGAUCUUUCCACCGUCUGAAUCCCAAGAUUGAGCCAUUCUAUCAUGGCUUACAUGUGCCCACUGCAGUCACGGCUUGGCCGUCGAUUCCCGAUGGAGUUCCUCGACGCGCCAGUGUCAACAGCUUCGGUUUUGGAGGUGCCAACGCGCAUGCCAUCCUGGAGGCGUACUCACCGGCCACCCAGGCCAUCUCCCCCAGCGAAGAUACCCAAACAAAAAUGUCGUUCGCGCCAUACGUCUUCUCUGCCAGUACUGAGACGUCUUUGGUGGCACUUCUGGAAAAAUACUCACAAGGUCUGCGGAGUCGACUGGAUAGCGGAGAACAGAUCGACCGCUCCGACUUGGCCUGGACUCUACACUCGCGAAGGACUCGAUUUCCCAUCCGAGUCUCUUUUCCCGCGUCUAGUGUACAGGAUCUCGUCACGGGGAUCGGUAGCAAAAUUGCCGCUGCAAAAUCCAGUUCUGGUACUCCUGUUGGGUUCCGCUCAAGUGGCAAAGCGCCUACCCCUCGUAUACUGGGUAUUUUCACUGGUCAAGGUGCUCAAUGGCCUGCCAUGGGAGCGAGUUUGAUUCGAUCGUCAAGUCUUGUGAGCGAGAUCGUUGAUCGCCUCGAUGACGCUCUUUCAUCCCUCCCGCUCUCAGAUCGACCAGAAUGGAGCCUCCGAACGGAAAUGCUGGCCGGUGUUGGAACGUCUCGCAUUUCCGAAGCAGCCUUAUCGCAACCAUUGUGCACUGCGCUCCAGAUUAUUCUCGUGGAUAUUCUCCGUGAAGCUGGAAUUAAGUUCUCUUCGGUCGUCGGUCAUUCUUCGGGAGAAAUCGCCGCUGCCUAUGCCGCUGGGUUCUUCUCCGCUCGCGAUGCAAUGCGAAUUGCUUAUUAUCGAGGAUUUUUCGCCAAACUCUCCGGCAAUGAGCAGAAUGGUCAAAAAGGUGCCAUGUUGGCGGUCGGAUCAUCUUACGAAGAUGCGAAAGACUUCAUUGAUUCAGAUGUCUUCAAAGGCCGGCUAGCCGUCGCCGCGCAUAACUCUUCAGCGAGUGUGACUUUAUCCGGAGAUGCUGACGCCAUUAUCGAGGCAAAAGCGAUGCUGGACAAGAAGAAGGUCUUCGCCAGGCUCCUCAAAGUCGAUACUGCCUACCACUCCCAUCACAUGCGCCCUUGUAGUGAUGUGUAUAUCGAAGCACUGCGGGCCUGUAAAAUUAAGGUCAAUCAUGAACGAGACACCACAUGCUCCUGGUUUUCGAGUGUGAUCCCCGGAGCCAAAGUCAUGCACUCUACAGACGAAGUCGAGUGUAUUUACUGGAAGGAUAACAUGGUGAACACUGUUUUGUUCGCCGAAGCUGUUGGUAAGGCCAUUCAAAAUGACGAGCAUAUUAACAUGGUGCUCGAAGUAGGACCUCAUCCAGCACUCAAAGGUCCAGCCACGCAGAGCAUUGGGGAUUUACGACCCUCGCCUCUUCCGUAUUCUGGCCUUCUUAGCCGAGGAACAGACGAUGUCACAGCUCUGUCAGACGCCUUUGGAUUUCUGUGGACCAUGUUUGCUGCGGACUCGGUCAACCUUGCUUCGUUCGAUGGAGCUUUAUCUGGUGCAUCUCAAUCUCGGAAGCUGAUGGUCGAUUUACCUGUCUACCAAUGGGAUCAUGGCAGGGUUCAUUGGAGCGAAUCUCGAAAAUCCAAGAGAAUUCGAGAGCGAACGGAUGCUCCUCACGAACUCCUUGGCGUUUCCUCGCCAGAGUCAAACAGCCAUGACAUGCGCUGGACCAAUAUUCUCAAGGCUGAUGAGAUCGGCUGGAUGGAAGGCCACAAACUUCAAGGCCUCAUUGUUUUUCCUGCUGCAGGCUACGUUGCCAUGGCCUUAGAAGCUUGUCGGAAACUCACGGGUGUUGACGCAGUACAGCUUAUCGAGAUGAACGACCUUUCAAUCCCCAAGGCCGUAACUUUUCCUGAGGGAGACACUUCAGGUGUCGAGACUCUUGUCACGUUAACCAAGAUCGAGCAUCACUCAGACGAAACAAUUACAGCUGAUUUCUCGCUCUAUGCUGGACCCAAUGUUAGUACUGGAUCAAAUCACAAUCUGGAACUCACAGCUAGUGCAUCCAUGAAAGUUAUACUCGGUAAUCCUGACUUCGAAGCUCUACCAUAUUCUGUCGCAGCAGACGAAAGCAACAUGUCCGAAGUUGACCCAGACCGCAUUUAUGCAGCGUUCUCGAAGCUGGGAUACGGCUAUUCUGCCGCUUUCAAAGGACUGUCUUCGACUAAGCGCAAGCUGAACAAAGCGUCGGCUCUUGUGGAUACUUAUAAAUACGCCGAGGACGACUCUACAUUCUACAUGGUCCAUCCGAGCAUGCUUGAUGUUGCUAUUCAAUCCGCAAUGUUGGCGUAUGCAUCCCCUGGGGAUGGACGUCUCUGGUCCCUUCACGUGCCAACGGGUAUCCGAAGUAUUCGAGUCAACCCAUCGGUGUGUAGCUCUCUAUCCAUUUCUGGAGGUCGAGUCCCCAUCGUCACUUCUCUCGGUGAGUCGUCUGAGUUCUCAGCAAGCAUCGACAUCCUCAGUGAGGAUGGUCGACAUGGAAUGAUUCAGGUCGAAGAUAUGGUCUUGAAGCCUUUUGCUCCUGCUACAGAGGCCGACGAUCGUUGGAUGUUUACUGCCACCACACUGGGAAAUGCUACCCCGGACGCCUUGUCAUUGACAGAAUUGCCUGAUACCCAAUCAGCCUCGCGUAGGGCAGAACUAGAUGCUGUAUGUGAGCGAAUAUCUAGAUACUUCUUGCGCAAAUGGAGGUCAGAGAUUACCGACGAUGAUUGGGAGAAGUCUCCAGAGCCGCACAAUCGACAGCUUCGAGACUUCAUCGAUAGCGCUGUGUCAGGAUCCACCGGAGCGUAUCCGGGGAAUGCAUGGAUUAAUGACACCGAUCGGGACAUUGAGCUCCUAGUGUCGAAAUACUCAAGCGAAAGGAGCGUCAAGCUUUUCUCUGCAGUCGCUCAAAUGCUCCCCGAAAUUGUUCGAGGACACAGCACAAUCCGCGAUCCCAUGAGGGUUGAUGGCUUGCUCGAUCAUUACUGCAGCCGGGAUCUCGAAUACACAAGCUCUCAGCUACUUUUGGCUGGCAUGGUGAAGCAAAUUACUUUCCGCUACCCACACGCCAGAAUCCUCGAAAUAGGUACCGGAGAUGGCGAUGCCACGAAUGUGAUCCAUGAGUCCAUCAAAAAUCACGGCGGAGCCGUUCCCUCAUACACUUACACCGCCCCUUCUGUGGAGGCCGUCGAGAGUGCCUCGAAACGUCUACUGCCGGAUAACAGCCGAAUGACAUUGAAGCAAUUGAAUCUUGAGCAAUCUAUCUCUGACCAGGGAUACGAUAUCCACUCAUACGACAUUGUUGUCCGCUCUGGCAUUUCGCGUACAGUGAAUUCACUUUCGAAAACGUUGACCAAUAUUCGACAGCUUUUGAAGCCGGGUGGUUAUUUACUGCUCAUCGAGCUCACCGGUGCCGAAUCUUCUCAAUUCUCUACCACAAUGGCAAAUCUUGCCGCAUGGUGGCUCGGUGAGAUCAGCGAUAGCAGCCGCGCACCGGUUCGGACAUCCGGCGAAUGGCACUUUCUGCUGCGAACCACCGGAUUUUCAGGCAUCGAUGUCAUCUCUUCCACGGUGAACGGAUCGCCAUUCUCCGUGAUGGUCACGCAAGCCGUUGACGAAAAAACACUUUCCUUGCGGCGGCCACUUUCAUCUUCCCCGUCUCAGGGGUCAAUCCGGAGCCUUGUGAUCCUCAGCGGAAAAUCUCUCGAAACCUCUCAGCUUGUGGAACAAAUUGCCGAUAAUCUCGCCCGCUUCUGCGGAGAUAUCAAGAUUUUUGAUAGAUUGCCUACCGAACUCGACGCAUCCAACUUUGACCCGAUGACCACAUUCGUCAAUCUUGUCGAUUUCGCAAAACCCAUGUUCAAGACCAUCACAUCCAACGAAAUGGAUGGUUUGAAGAGAAUGUUCGCGCAAGCGAGACAUAUCUUGUGGCUUACGCGCGGCGUGUUCCAGGGAGAAGAGCCCUAUCAUGCAGCAAGUGUGGCAUUUUGCCGCUCGCUGACGAAUGAAGCAUCUCACAUCAGUGUCAAUGUUCUUGACAUCUCCGGUGUGAAUCACGAUAUUGCAAAGGUCGCCUCCGAGCAUCUUCUGAGGCAGUGCAUGCUUGAGGAGUGGGACGAGCCUAAUUUCCUGUGGUCCAAGGAACCCGAGACGUACUUGAGGAAUGGAAAACUAUUGAUUCCUCGCAUUCUACCGAAUCUUGAUCAAAAUGCCCGGCUCAACUCCUCAAGGCGUGUGAUCACAAAGACGAUGCCGGUCUCAAGCUCACAUUUUUCAGUUUUAUCCGAGGCAAACCAACAACCUUUCAUAGUCGCAGACACCCAUUCGAUGAAGCUAAAGCAGAAUCAGGCUGAAGAUAUAGUCAAGGUUGAGUAUUCGACUUCGAAAGCUCUUCAGGUCACUCCUGGUACCUUCCUGUUCCUUGCGAGCGGCAAAACGGGAGAGAGCGAUCAUUCUGUGAUCAGUCUGGCGGCAAGCCGAUCAAAUGGAGUGGAACCAAUCGCUUAUCUUCCGUCAGAAGACAUCGGCGAUGCGAUUGAUGCUGCCUUGCUACUCUUCAUCAUAGCUGGUGAGCUAUUUGCAGCAUCGCUAAUAACACAAGUGCCAUCAGGUGGAACCAUUCUAGUUCUCUGCUGCGAGAAAGAUCGGUACCUUGCCUCUGCUCUUGCGCGACGAGCUACUGCCAAGUCUAUCGGAGUCUUCUUUUCCUACGUCGCUGGAGCUUCUGAAGAAUUGCAUAACCUGGAACCAUCUUGGAUACGCCUUAACUUCCAUGCAUCCCGACAUUCAUUGCGACAAGAUCUGCUCUCCGUGAACCCAACUCAUUUUCUCGAUCUCACCUACGGAUUCGGUACGGGAAGUGGUCUCGGGCUCCGUAUUGCUGAAGUCCUCUCUGCGAAUUGCAAGCAAAUGCGACCAUCUGAUGCCACACGAGACAACGCUGUCUUGCUUCCUUCCGUCGACCGGUUUGCCCUGAAAGAGAUCCUUGAAAAUGCUCUUUCUGGUGCUCGCAUGUCGGUGUCGUUGGUAUACAGCGCCAAAGUGAAUCAUCUCGAAGAUUUCCAUCUCAACCUUGACCAGUUUAUUAGUGAUUCUUUGUCCCAAUCACUAAAGAUCAUUCACUGGCCAGUGGAUGGCAAAGUCGAGGUCACAGUGCAGCCUUUCGAUUGUACCAAUAUGUUUUCACAGAACAAGACAUAUGUGCUCUUCGGGCUCACCGGCCAGAUUGGUCAGUCGCUUUGCGAAUGGAUGGUAUCGAAUGGAGCUGGUUGUGUGGUUUUGACAAGUCGUCGCCCAGCCGUGGAUCAGAGAUGGCUCGACAAUUUCAAAAAACUGAAGACGAAAGCGACGAUCAUGGUUCUCAAAGCCGAUGUCACCGAUAGGAAUAGUCUGGAUGAUUGUAUUGCCACUAUCCGAGCAACAUGCCCACCAAUCGGCGGUAUUGCUAACGGGGCCAACGUUCUCAGCGAUACACCUUUCGAGAGCAUGUCCGCCGAGAUGAUGAACCAGGCACUCGGACCAAAGGUUAAAGGCUCCUACAAUCUCGACCAGGCUUUCUUCAACGACAAUCUGGAAUUUUUUGUCUUGUUCUCCUCCAUAUCGUGCGUCAUUGGCACUGCAGGACAAUCGAAUUACACAGCAGCGAACGGAUACCUAAACGGCCUGACCAGACAACGACGCAGCCGUGGCUUUGCGGCUUCCGCAUUUGAUAUCGGUCUCAUCCUUGGCAUUGGGUUAGCUGAAGUUGCCGGUCAAUCGGUCGUUGACUCAUUACAAAAAUACGGAAUAACUCCGCUAUCCGAGCUAGAUGUUCGAUUCGCCUUUGCAGAGAGUAUCAAGCAUGGAUAUGUCGACCCGAGAGACAAGGAGCCGGGAAGUUUGCCUGCAGCGGUUAUGACGAGCGGUCUACGUACUAUUACGGACGACGAAGUCCACAUAACUUGGUACAACAAUCCCAUGUUUUCCCAUCUGGUCAUCGACUCAGAGAGUGAAGGUAACUCUGAGCACUUGUCUGGAAACAAGACCGCCUCUCUACCUGUGAAAGACAAGAUCAUGGCAGCUUCAAGUAUGGCAGAAGCUUCAGAGAUCCUAAAAGAAUCUUUCUCCAACAAAUUACGCGUUGUCUUGGGAAGCGCCGAUCAAGCAAUAGCUCACGAUGUUCCUCUUGUCGAGCUUGGAGUAGAUUCGCUCAUCGCCGUUGAGGGGCGUUCUUGGUUCUUGAAGUCGCUGAAGAUUGACAUCCCAGUACUCAAGAUGCUUGGCGGAUCAUCCGUUGAAGAAAUCAGUGAAUUGGCCAUGACGAAAUUGCCAGAUGAUGUCGUCUCACAGAUUGGCACUGGCACAAAUACCCCGAAAAAGCCCUCCAUAUCAGAGCCAUCGAAGCCACACUCUAGGCAUGAUUCUGUUGACCUAAAGGAUUCUGAGCCAUCAUCAAGUUCCAGCAGCAUCAACUCAGAGUCUGUGAGGGGCUCUCCCUUUGAGAGACCAGCGUCGAUACCGACACGGCAAACGUCGAUUUCGUCGUUACACAUCUCAAAUGAGGAGACUAACUCGAACAGGAAAUUUGUCAAACAAGUUCCCAUCUCGAUAGGCCAAUCCCGGUUUUGGUUUCUCCGACUUUUGGUCACUGAUCCCACCACGUUCAAUGUGACCCUGAAAUUUCGUAUGGAUGGACAAGUGCGCUUUGGUGAUCUUGAGAGGGCCGUCAAAAUUGUGGUUUCGAGACACGAAGCUCUACGCACAUGCUUUAUUGAGGACAAGUAUAACCCUGAUCAAGCAUCCCAAGGCAUUCUGGCGCGCUCUCUGGUCAAGCUCGAGCACAAAACUGUCAGCUCCGAGCAAGAAGUUGCGUCCGAACACGCGCAGCUGCAGAAGCACGAAUUCGAUCUCGCCGGUGGAGCAUUACUUCGAAUGAUUCUUCUCACUCUGUCGCCCACAUCGCACUAUCUUCUAGUCAGCUAUGAUCAUAUUGUCAUGGACAUGGCCAGCUUUCAGAUUUUCACCGCGGAAAUUGAGAAAGCAUACAGUGGCCAGUCUUUGGGGCCUUCGCCUCACCAGUAUCCCGAUUUCUCAGUAUCUCAACGUCAAAUUAUUGACGAUGGGACUUUGGACGAUGAUUUCGAAUACUGGAGCAAGGUAUUUCCCCAAGGCGAACAACCACCAAUUCUCCCACUUCUACCCAUGGCCCAAUCGAAUUCUCGACCUGCAGCUGUCAACUACACCGUACACCAGGUGAGCACCACAUUAGACCACGCUUUAAACGCCCAAAUCAAGUCCAUUUGCAAAGCUCAAAGAUCUACACCCUUCCAUUUCUACCUGGCCGCUUUCGAAAUGCUGCUAUUCUCCUUUACAGAUGCUCAAGAGCUUACCAUCGGUAUUGCGGAUGCCAAUCGCAACGAAAGCAACACCAUAGACAGCAUUGGCUUCUUUCUCAAUCUGCUGACGUUGCGCUUUCAACGCAAAUCCCAUCAAAAGUUUGCAGAUGCCAUUGUGGAAGCCCGUAAUACAGCCUACGGAGCACUCGGGCACUCUCGUCUUCCAUUUGACGUGCUUCUCAAGAAAUUGAACGUUGCGCGUUCCUCGUCAUACAGCCCUUUUUUCCAAGUGUUUUUCGACUAUCGGCAGCAAACCAGUGAUCGACAGUCUUGGUGCGAUUGUCAAUUCAAUCUCGAGGAAUUACAUCCAGGAAGAACUGCCUACGAUAUCUCCCUUGACGUGGCAGACCUUGGCUCGGAUAUCCAUGUAACACUUCGAGUGCAAAGGGAUCUAUACGAUGAGACGGCUGCAAACAUGUUGUUGGAAACUUUCACCCAUUUCGUUACCACAUUUGCUCAGAACCCCUCCACCCCUUGGGAUGAGAUCCCUCGGUUCAGCGAAAAGCAGCUUUCAGAUGCCGUCAAUUUAGGCGUAGGUCCAGAACUCAUAUCGGAUUGGCCUUCCACGCUUCCCCACAGGAUCGACGAGGUGGCCUUGGCAAACCCCAAUAACACUGCUCUCAUUGAUGGGUCUGGAACCAGUCUCACUUACGCAGAGAUGUCUAAUCGCAUUGAGGCCAUUGCUGAGGUACUCCAUAACCAGGGUGUCUGUCUUGGCUCUCAUGUUCUAGUCUUCCAGCAAGCAACCGUCGAUUGGAUAUGUUCAAUGCUGGCCAUUAUGCGUAUCGGAGGCGUCUAUGUACCGCUUGAUCUGCGAAACCCGAUCGAACGCCUCGCAGCUCAAGCCGAGCACUGUCAGCCCAAGGCUGUUCUUUGUGACGACACCACUGCCGCAAAUGCGAGUUCUCUGAACACUACCAUCAUAAUCGAUGUGACUUUGGUAGCACGACAAUCUUCCCGCGGAGUCCCCAAUAUUGCAAAUCCGGAAAAGCCAGCCGCAAUACUGUACACCAGCGGAUCCACAGGUACUCCGAAGGGGAUUGUCAUCCGGCACUCUGGAAUCCGGAACGAGAUGGAAGGUUACACUAAGACGUACAAUCUUGGCGCCGAACGAGUCCUCCAGCAGAGCGCCUUCACAUUCGAUUUCUCUGUCGAUCAAAUUUUCACGGGCCUUGUGAAUGGGGGAAUGGUCUAUGUGGUACCCUGGAGUAAACGCGGCGAUCCUCUUUCCUUGACUGAAAUCAUGCGAGAGCAGUCUAUCACGUACACCAAAGUCACGCCCUCGGAAUAUUCAAUGUGGAUACAGUACGGAAGGGAGAAUCUCGCUCAAGCAACGAAAUGGCGUUUCGCCUUCGGAGGCGGCGAGCCUCUAACCAAUGUCGUACUGGAGCAAUUUUGCGAUCUUGGUCUUGAGAAUCUUCGCCUUUACAACUCAUACGGUCCAGCAGAAAUUUCGAUUGCAUCGCACAAAGGCUUCGUCGACUAUCAAUCAAAGAGGCUUUCGCAAGCUCCGGUUUCAUGUGGGUUCUCCUUACCGAACUAUGCUACUUACAUCAUGGACGACAAGCAGAUACCGGUUCCUGCCGGAAUGCCCGGUGAGGUUGUUAUCAGCGGAGCUGGUGUGUCCUUUGGCUACCUAGCCAACUCAGAAUUGACAUCUCGUGUCUUCCUUCCCAACCCUUACGCAACUCCAUUCCAACUCGCUAAUGGUUGGACGCGAAUGCAUCGUACAGGCGACGUGGGACAUCUACGCCAGGACGGAUCUCUGGUUUUCCGCAACCGGAUGGCAGACGACACGCAGGUGAAACUGAGAGGUCUGCGGAUCGACCUGCGUGACAUUGAGAGCAACAUCAUCUCGACUGCGGGUGGAGUUCUUAAAGAUGCCGUCGUAACCCUCCGUGCAGGCGAUCCGGAGUAUCUCGUUGCGCAUGUUGUCUUUGCCGGAAGUGCGAAGAUUGACGACAAGGAGACAUUCUUGAGGCAAUUGCUCAUCCGUCUUCCAAUCCCACAAUAUAUGGUACCUGUGCUCGCCAUCCCCCUUCACACGCUCCCACUUACCAGCCACUCCAAGAUGGAUCGAAAGGCUAUCAGGAAUCUGUCUUUGCCUCGUCCAAGGUCCAUUGAGAACACAAAAAAUGACUCCUCGGAGAUGUCCCAAGCUCAGAUCUCGCUGCGACAAAUCUGGCGCCAACUUCUUCCCGACAGUGAAAGUCUCGGUCUGGUUAUGAACGCAUCGACAGAUUUUUUCCAGUCUGGUGGUAAUUCGCUCUUGGUUGUCCGACUUCAGUCACGUAUUCGACAGGUUUUCGACGUGGCUAUUCGUCUAGCAGAUCUCCUUAGUGGCAGUACUUUGGGACAGAUGGCGAGCAAGAUUGAAGAGAGCCCCAUCGUUAAGUCUAUUGAUUGGGAAUCCGAGACAACUCCUCCGACAGUCCCACAAUUUCUCCAAGAUCACUACAUGGAUCAAGAAAAAAGUGACGCAACGACCAUUUUGAUGACUGGCGCAACCGGCAAUCUCGCAAAGCACCUACUCUCGGUGCUCUUAGCUGAUCAAAGGGUUGGAAAGAUACAUUGCGUUGCAGUGCGACAGAUUCCGCAUCAGGAAGCUCUCUUUGCUAACGACAAGCUCGUCUUUCAUGCCGGCGAUCUAUCAAAACCGCUACUUGGGCUCAGCGAAGAAGAAUUCCGAAGCCUCGCCUACGAAACGGACGUCAUUUUACAUUUAGGCGCAGUGCGUUCGUUCUGGGACAAUUACAACAUGUUACGUUCCACCAACGUCCGCGCAACCAAAGAAAUAGUCAAGCUGUCAGGUUUGCGCCACAUCCCCAUCCAUUAUGUCUCGACCUCGGCCGUAUUUCCGCACAAUGCCUCAGCCCUGGCAUCUUCCGCAUCGGCAGCGGCCUAUCAGCCUGCUAUGGACGGGUCUGAAGGGUACAUCGCAAGCAAAUGGGCCAGCGAGCGCAUCCUCGAGCGCGCAGCAACCGACCCCGACCUCGCAGUCCCAUCAACCAUCUACCGCUUCCUCCCAUCGUCAGCCGUUGAAGCCCAAUCCGAGACUUCAAAGGAGCGCAUCAAAGCUGAAUUCAUCCGGUGCAUGAACCUCACCAACACCAUCCCUAGCGCUGCUGGCUGGGAUGGCCGUAUCGAUCUCGUUUCGGGGCAGACAUUCGCGCUCUGGUUUCUCGACGCCCUAUUCACUACCCGAGGCACUGGCGUACAGUUCCUACAUUACGAAUGCCCCAUUACGAUCCAUGUGGACGAGCUCAUGGCCUGGGCCGAAGAGGCGCAGCAAGGUGGAAAGUCGGAUGAGGGGUUGCUAGAAGAGCUGCCGCUCUUGCAGUGGAUGGGGCGAAUUAAGAAAGGGAGUUUUGGGUUUGUGUUGGCGGCGCAGGAUGCGACGGUCAGGAGGGGGGAGGGGAAGAUUCAUUCGCGGAGGUAAGGAGACCGUAGUACGCUUUAUUAUUCAAAGGAAUAUUUGAGAGUUUGUAGGAUCUUUAUCAUUAUAAUACAAUUUGGUCGAUAGUAUAUUGUCCUUGUAUUAAUAUGUUAAGAUCCAAAGACCUAAUGUAAGAGUGUUACAAGAGUAG